CAUCCCUUGAGUUUGUAAUGCACUCGUUGCAGUAGGAGGAUCCAUGUGCACGGAAUGACGUCUCACUGCAAGUCUGUCUGACUGCUUCGCUGUUAUUACCAGUCUUCUGUCGGGAAGCAACAUAAUCGGAAAUCAGCCGUAAUAUGAAGUGAAUGUAAAAAAAAACAACAACAAAAAAAAAAACUAGACCAUACUGUUGAGUCGUCGGUGUCAAUCGACUAAAACGCCACUGUGCUGUACAGGAUUACGACUGAGAAAUGCAGCCAUACACUUUUGCGCUUUAAGCUGUCAGAACUGGAACUAGUGGAUGUAUGGCAGGAGUAAAUGGUUGUCAGCACACUGGGAAUAUUGUAAGGAAAAAAUCUUUUUCUGUUUAUUAUCGUCUAUUCUUUUCAUUUCUGGAUUAUUGCUGCCCAGCAACACUGUCACCUGACUAAAUUGGAUGUCGUAAUUCAGGAGUAUCAAUGGUCCAGUCAUGGAAAGACAGAGAUACCAAAGCUUCUUUGAAGGCAAAGACACAGAACACAGGUGGCCUCACGCGCCCAACAGGGAUUACGGUUGUUCAGGGGUGGACGGGAAUCAGACCAACUGUGACAUUUUAAUAGAGGGUUUAAACGUCAACUCCGGGCACAAUGUAACGGACAGCUUCAAGGAGAACGAUGGAGACAAGGUCGAGGCGCCCCCGCCCUGCGCGAAACGCGCUCGACUGCUCGCCCCCCCGCGUUCCGGCACUUCCGUCAAGUUGGAACCGGACUCUAAAGAGCUUUCCAAAACGGUGGCGGAGUCCAUGGGACUGUACAUGGAUGACGUCAGAGAUGUGGACUACGGCUAUGGCCAGCAGCGGGCCCACGAGGGGCACUGCGCUCCCCAGAAACUGUACACCGGCGCCGGGCCGCACCUGGAGGUCGGCCUGCCCGGGUCGGCCGGCAGUCCCAAAUUGACGCCUCCACCACUGUCCUGUCCCAUGGUGCCCAAUCUCCUGAAGAAUCCGGUGGAUGGUUCCUCGGGAGUCGCGCAGGGGUCUGGCUCUCUGGCACCGGCCGUCUGCUGCAGCCCCCACAACUCGCACAGCUCCCUCUCCAGCCCGACCAGCCUAGUGUCCUCCAUCGCCAGCCCCUCCUGUUUCGGGACCCCCCGCACGUCUGUGGGCAGCCCCAUCCAGCAGGCCCUCCCCGGGCCCGUCCUCUCCCGAAUUCAGCCCCGGCUCCCCACCACGUGCAGCCCGUCGAACACCAGCGGCGUCGGCUCCCCGCUGGCGAGCCCGCUCAACGUCCUGCGGUCGCCCAUCUCCAGUCCGCGGAGCAUGAGCAGCGUGAGGUCGCCGCCCUCCUGCAGCGCCAACCUGCGGUCUUCGGCGCUGAGCCCCGCUCACGGCGCUAACGGCAACGGCGGCAACGCGCACCCGCCGCUGCGCUCCAGCCCCGGUGCCGCCAACGCGGCGGCGGUGUCCAGCCCCCCGAGCUCGUCGGGGUUCCCCGUCUGCAGCCCCGACAGCGCCCUGGGCCUCGGCCUGGUCCAGAGCGACAGCCUCAGCCCCGGCGAGAGGGGCCGGGAGUUCAAAGGCUUCGAGUUCCCCAAGGUGGAGAGCGAGGACGGGGAGACGUACAGCGUGGGCCUGGACCAGACGGGCUCGGUGAAGUACAUCAAGAACGAACCCGACCCCGAGGGCAGGAGCAUGUGUCUGGCCUCUGAGCAGAGACGCUCCUCUGCCACGGCCUUCUCCGUGCAAAUAAAAAGCGAGCCAAACCACGGCGGAGCCUGCCUGAAUCUUCCCUACGACCAGCAACAGCACUCUGUGAGCCUCUUCCCUGCCACGGAGACCACUUACUUGUCCCUGAGGGAUAACAUAGAUGAGUACAGCCUCUCUGGGAUAUUGGGACCUCCCGUCUCUUCCCUGAAUGGUAACUAUGACCCCGGUGUGUUUCCCAACGCCGCGCUGCCGAAGGGGAUUAAGCAGGAGCUGAACGAUGGCUGCUACUACCACGAGAACAGCGGCGUGCCGGCGUCGGCCAUCGUCGGCGUCAACUCGAGCGGCCACUCGUUUCAUUACCAGAUCGGAGCGCAGGGAAUGAUGUCGUUUUCGCGGCACGACGUGAAGGACCAGACGAACCCCUUGUUGAAUCUAAUUUCUCCCGUUACGCAUCAAGUGGAGGCCUGGAAGCCUCACCCGGACCUGUCCCAGGGCCCUCUGUCGUCCAGAGGAGGAGGUUAUGCGGGUCAGAACUACAUUACAGAAAGCGCGUCCCUGAGGCACACACCCAUCGGCUCCUCGUCGGCCAAAGUGUGCUUGGUUUGUGGGGACGAGGCGUCGGGUUGUCACUACGGGGUCGUGACCUGCGGCAGCUGUAAGGUCUUCUUCAAAAGAGCAGUGGAAGGUCAGCACAACUACCUUUGUGCCGGGAGGAACGACUGCAUCAUUGACAAAAUCCGGAGGAAGAACUGUCCGGCUUGUCGAGUCCGCAAGUGUCUCCAGGCCGGGAUGAAUCUCGGAGCUCGGAAAUCAAAGAAGCUGGGGAAGCUGAAAGUCCUGAGCGAUGACGGUUCUCUGCAGAGCGCCAAGGACGGCCAGAUGUGCCUGGCGUCGGACAAGGAGCUGAGUGCCGGCGGCGCCCUGGUGGCCGGCAUGGGCGGCGUCACGCCUUACCUGUCCCCGUCCAUCUGCAGCAUCCUGGAGCUCAUCGAGCCCGAGGUGGUGUACGCCGGCUACGACAACACCCAGCCCGACACCACCGACCACCUCCUCUCCAGCCUCAACCAGCUCGCCGGGAAGCAGAUGAUCCGGGCGGUCAAGUGGGCCAAAGUACUUCCAGGUUUCAGGGGUCUACCCAUCGAGGAUCAGAUCACCCUGAUCCAGUACUCCUGGAUGUGUCUGUCAUCCUUCGCCCUCAGCUGGAGAUCCUACAAACACACCAAUGGACAGAUGCUCUACUUCGCCCCGGACCUCGUUUUCAACGAGCAGCGGAUGAAGCAGUCGGCCAUGUAUGAGCUGUGCGUGGGCAUGAGGCAGGUGAGCCAGGAGUUUGUGCGCCUGCAGCUGACCUACGAGGAGUUCCUGUCCAUGAAGGUGCUGCUGCUCCUCAGCACAAUUCCCAAGGAGGGUUUGAAGAACCAGGCGGCGUUCGAGGAGAUGAGGGUGAACUACAUCAAGGAGCUGCGGCGGUCGGUGGCGAAGGCCACGAGCACCUCGGGCCAGACCUGGCACCGGUUCUUCCAGCUGACCAAACUGAUGGACGCCAUGCACGAUCUGGUGGGGAACCUUCUGGAUUUCUGCUUCUACACCUUCCGUGAGUCCCAGGCCCUGAAGGUGGAGUUCCCUGAGAUGCUGGUGGAGAUCAUCAGCGAUCAAAUCCCAAAGGUGGAGUCGGGUCUCACCCACACGCUCUACUUUCACAAACAGUGACGGGGCGGAGCGGCACAGCAGGAGGACCCUGACGUGACACACCAGGUGACCGGCCACGCCUUGGGAAAAGGCUCCCUCGCGCCCCGGCGGCCAACUGGGAAAAGCAUUUGGGAGGAGAGCGCCCCUGACUCCAAAGACCAUGGAAACGUUUCAGUGGAUAAAAAGCCAUACGUUUGUUUGGUCUAUGAAUCGCAAACAAUCACAACACACACACACACCCACGAACGUACACAUGAAUGCGCGCGCACACACACACACACACACAAACACACACACACAUUCAUCUAUUAAGUCACCCUGGAAACUGCCUUGUAGUAUGAAGUGCUAUUGUGAAGCUGGCUCUUGCAGUACAUUAGUCUCAAAAGUCCGUGGUUCAGAAAUGAUUUAAUAGGAAGCAGUCUGUGGCACUUUAACAAGAGAAUACAGGAUGAAAAGCUAACAACAAUAACAUCUGAGCAUUUCCCAAGGGCUACAAGAGUAUUACGGAACACACACACACACACACACACACUUAAUUUACGAGCGAAGUGCAACAAGCGAGCUUUUACCGAUAUGCAAAACCUAGGAAUAUGUACCCAUACGAGGCAAAUCAUUUUAAAAGAAGCGGAACAUUCUGACAGCAGCAGAGGACGGGGGAGGUGGGAGCAAAGUUUCUGUGUCUUCUAAUUAGAACAUUCACAGCGAGAGAUGCACAAAUGUGCGUGCUGCAAACGCACUACGCCGCAAACAUCCAUAACCACGAGCUAGGACAACAGAAGCAGCAACAGAUGCAAAACGCCGGCUCUGUCUGAACUACAAAAUUCAAACCUGGUCCAUUUCUUACAAUGGGACGUCUCAUUGCGCUAUGAUUCAUCUCUUGUGAUGCCAUGUGCGUACUUACUACAGCUCUUUGUUUCAGCUGUUUGGAGUCGCGGAGUCGACCGCUCAUUUAUUCAAAAUCAGCUCUUUGUGAAACAGAAACGCAGACCGAGGUUCCAGCGAAAAUGAAAGCAACAUUUAUAAAAGUGCUUAAAUUUGUAACAAAAAAACAAAAACAAAAAACAAC